GAACCUGAGAAGGAGGCUGCUGGCUGCGGGGAAAAUUUGAUCCGCAGACAGGUUGGAAACUGAAGUAUCCACCCCGGCGUAUAAAACAGUGAGCCAGCUGUCUUAGAGUACCACAAAGCCUUAUUAUCCGCUGCUGCUUUGGACCUGGACGCAGAGGAAAGCCAGCUAACAGCGGACCAACAUGUCGCUCACUUCCAUCCUCUCAGCCGAGGCCAUUGAAAACGCCAUCAAGGACUGUCAAGCUCCAGACACGUUCUGCUACAAGAAGUUCUUCCAGCUGUGUGGCCUGUCCUCAAAGACACCCCAAGAAAUCAAAGAUGUCUUCCAGAUCCUUGACGAAGACAACAGCGGCUACAUCGAGGAGUCAGAGCUCAAGUACUUUCUGCAGAGGUUUGUCCCCGGGGCAAGGACUCUGACUGAAGCAGAAAUGAAGAGCUUCAUUUCAGGAGCGGACGAAAACAGUGACGGCAGAAUUGGAGCAGACGAAUUCCAGACUAUGGUCCUGUCCUGAGUUUUAUUCAUGGAAAGAGCUCAAGUCCUCUGAUCAACGGUCCUCUUCCUGUCUUUGGAGUCUUCUGGUUCCAGCCUUUAUUCCCAGUAA